GACCAGCAUCAACAUAUCAUAUCUGGGCAGAAGAAGAAGAAUAAGACCUUUGUUAAGCUGAGCCUCAGCCCCACCUGUCAGAGUAGGAUCUUCUGCUGGUGCCGUGUGUGUGUGAAGGUGGGGGAGCUUUGAAGAACAAAAGAAAGUGUUUGAAGCAGGGGAAGUCUUUGUGUGUUUGAGUGAGAGAGAGAUGCAGGCAGUGAAGUGUGUCUGUGGGUAUAUAGUGGUUAGUAUCCUCAGAGGAAAACUCUCUCUCUCUCUCUCUCUCUCUCUCUCUCUCUCUUCUCUCUCUCUGUCUCUCUCUUCUCUGUCUCUCUCUCUCUCUCUCUCUGUCUCUCUCUCUCUCUCCCUCUCUCUCUCUUUCUCUCUCUCUCUCUCUCUCUUUCUCUCUCUUUCUCUCUCUCUCUCUCUCUCUCUCUCUCUCUCUCUCUCUCUCUCUCUCUCUCUCUCAUCCUCUUCUUCUUCUCUCCUUUCCAGCAGGUAAGGGGGUGCCAUGCCAGCUGCUGUUCCCCCUCUGCUCCCCCUCUCCACCUGGUGGUGGUGUCUGGUACUGUCGCUGCCCCUACAGCCCCAGGCCCUGACCCAGCCACAGCUGGACCCUAACCCAGAGAAGGCCUCUCCCGCUGGGCAGGCCUUCCCUCACCUCUCCCUGGAUGGAUCUCCCCUCAGCCACCUCCUGCUGGACCCCAGGUCUGGUCAUCUGUACGUGGGGGCGGUCAACCAUCUCUACCACCUGUCCCCUGACCUCCAGGUAAUUAGAAUGUCUUUAUAUCACCUGGCUCCAGUUGUUCUAAAGUUAUCCAUCUGGAUUUUGGGCUAUGGGAUAGGAUUAAAUGCAUAGAGAUAGAAUGAAUAGAACUGAGCCCUACGCUACGACGCUGGUUUGAGGAGUUAGCUAGGUAACUUUGGUCAACUCGGGAUAACCGGUACCACGAAGUGGCUCCCCUUUUAGCCAGGUAAAUUUCGAUGCCAACGAAUCCUUCAGAUUGAAACUGCUCCGGGGCAGGCUAACUCACGGAUAACUCCACUUACCCUGAAUUAAAUGACUGAGCCGCGAGUUGAGGACCAGUGAAAUCAGAUUUCCUCCCCCAAGCAAAGAUUGCGUCAUCAUCCCCUUCAUUUGAGGAAGACGACUGAUUCAAUUAUUUUGUUUUGUGUUAAAAAAUUGUCAUUUAAAAUAUAUCCACAUUCAGGGAUUUUUCUGGCAUUGUAAUCUCUGGGCCUAAGCUUUUUUUUGUCCAAACAGUGUAUAUAUAUUUUUUUAUAUAUACAUUUUCGGGAUGGAAAAAUGCUUUCAGUAACCAGGUUUCAUCCAACCUUAGUUGUAGAGUAAAGUACCUGUCAGAUAAAACCUUUAAUGACAGGCCUGAUGAAAACAGAAAAUGUUUCGGUAAACUACAAAAUAAAACACGCUAGACAAGGGUGAGAUCUUUUAGUGUCGGUAAAAUGAAUUAUGCGUGAAAUAUAGGUGGAAAAGCUUUUAUGCUCAAAUGUUGAUAUAAUAACCAUCAUGUCGAAGUGAAGUUGGAAUCAGAUGAUGACGUUGUGCGGUCCUCCCACUAGGACUCGUUGGGAAAGCAUGCAGUUUAUUAAGCUACAGAUGAAAUCAAUUAUGAUGAACUUCAUAGAAUGGUGAAAGUAAAACGUGAUAAUCUUGAUGUUCCUUUACAUUUACAUUUUAGUCAUUUAGCAGACGCUCUUAUCCAGAGCGACUUACAGUUAGUGAGUGCAUACAUAUUUUUUUUUAUUUUUCAUACUGGCCCCCUGUGGGAAUCGAACCCACAACCCUGGCGUUGCAAACGCCAUGCUCUACCAACUGAGCUACAUCCCUGCCGGCCAUUCCCUCCCCUACCCUGGACGACGCUGGGCCAAUUGUGCGCCGCCCCAUGGGUCUCCCGGUCGCGGCCGGCUACGACAGAGCCUGGAUUCGAACCAGGAUCUCUAGUGGCACAGCUAGCACUGCGAUGCAGUGCCACUGCGUCUUAUUGUGGUGAAAUGAUGCUUGGCUGCCGUUUGACAAAUAAAAAUAAUCCCUCUCUUUUGUCCAUAAUAAUCUCAUCAUGUAGUAGGCUAUACGUGCUCUCUAGUGGGGACACUCGCUAAAUAACGCAAAAUGUUUUGUGACUAAACCGUCAGUAGAAUGGAAAAAUGAUGGAAACCAAUUUACAUUUUCUAUUCCGUACAUGAGAAUUUAAACGCAAAAGGUAUUUUUAUGUGCACUGUGUCAUCACACACAGUCUUUGAUCUGCAACACGUCAAUUUGAUUGAAACGUCUCUGGUGGGAAAAUGCAAAUAUUGUUUUUAAGCGGAUUUUAAAAUAUUUGCAGGAAAAUCUGUCGCCAAUUGGAUGGAAGCCUAGCUAGUGUCAACUUAAACGACUAAAACCAGAUAUAAAGUAUUUAGGGAUCAAUUAAAAAUGUGGCACUGACUCGUCCAUGGGUUGAAGUUUCAGCAUUGUCUCAAUGACGAGUUCAGCAGUUACAAGCCUGCUAGAGUUAGUGGCAGGGGGAUGAGUAAUAUCCACCGUCGUAGUAGGCUACGGAUGAAGCCUGAGCUGGAAUGGGAAGCUAACCGAAGCUGGCUAGCUUCAGAAAACCCUGAGUAGAUCUAGCUUCCUUCGUAGUAUAUUCUUCAGGAGUCCCCAUUCAAAUCAGUGAUUCGUCCAUCCUAUGCAUUCUAUCUCUAUGCAUUUAAUCCUAUCCAAUAGGCAAAAUCCAGAUAAUUUUUGAAACACUGUUCCCUGGGCAGUCCCCCAGCUCUCUAUGCACUGGUUUCCCAAACACAGAUUAAGACUUGUCAUGGACUAAAAAGCACUUUCAAUGGAGAUUAUCCGUUGAGCUUGCUUUUUAGUCCAGUGCUAGGUUUAGUCUGUGUCUGGGAAACCAGUCCUAUAUGUUUUUGUAUGUUGUCUGUGUUUAUCUUUAAAUGCAAAUUCUGUGAACACAAACAGUGGCUUUGUCCCAAAAUGGCACCCUAUUCAAACCCUAUGGGCCCUGGUCGUAAAGUAGUGCACUACAUAGGGAAUAGGGUGCCAUUUGCGUCUCAUUUUGUCUUAACAUAUCUGUUUUAUUUUAUAAUAUAUUUUUUUGUUGAUACAUUUUAGUCAUUUAGCAGACGCUCUUAUCCAGAGCGACUUACAGGAGCAAUUAGGGUUAAAUGCUUUGCUCAAGGGCACAACGACAGAUUUUUCAAGCUCUAACCGCUUGGCUACCGACCGCCCUACCCACCAUUACUCUGUUAUUUCUUAUCCUAGGUGCUGUCCUCUAGUCAGACUGGCCCCAAACUGGACAGUCCUGAAUGUCUUCCACCCAUAGUGCCCAAAGACUGCCCCACCGCCCGGGUGACCCCCAACACCAACAAGAUCCUGCUCCUGGAGGAAGCGGGGUCAGAAGUCAGGGCAAGGAGCCUGAUCGUGUGCGGGACAUUGUUCCAGGGUAUCUGUGACAAGAGGAGUCUGGGUAAUGUGUCCGAGGUGCUCUAUCAGACGUCCAACCCGGUGGACACGCAGUACGUAGCCGCCAACGACCCCCGCGUCUCCACCGUGGGCGUGAUCUUGAACCAGAACGGUGUGGGGCUGAUGCUAGUGGGGCGUGGCUACACUAGUAAAGGUCCCAGCGACAUCCCACCAAUCACAACGCGCCGUCUGUCCCCCAGCACCUCCCCCGCCCGUCAGGCCUUCUCUCAAGACGAAGAACUAGGGAAGCUGGUCGUCGGGAGCUACUCCGAGUACAAUAACAACUUCAUUUCAGCGUUUAACCACAGCGACCACGUCUACUUCCUGUUCUCGCGGAGGGAUAUGUGGCACCGGAAGGAGUACCGGACCUAUGUUUCUCGUCUCUGCGCCGGGGACCGCAGCUUCUACUCCUACGUGGAGGUUCCGUUGGAAUGUUCCGGCGGUUACAACCUCGCCCAGGGGGCUUCCUCCGGCGAACACCAGGGGCAGCCGGCGCUUUUCGUUGCCAUGGCGGCGGGGCAGGCGUCGACGCCCGCGGCGACGGGUCGCUCGGCGCUGUGUGUUUAUGGGAUGUCAGAGAUGGAUGCGGCGCUGCAGAGGGCCCAGGAGCUGUGUUAUACAGAGGGAGGGACAGGAAGUACAGGACAGCAGGAGGCGUACAUAGAGUAUGAGGUGUCCUCCAAAUGUCUACGCCUGCCCAAGGUAACUACACACACACACACACACACACACACACACACACACACACACACACACACACACACACACGUACAAACAGGUACGCACACACACACACACACACACACACACACACAUACACACACACACAUACACACACACAUAUACAUACACACACACACACACACAUAAUAAUAAUAAUAAUAAUAUGCCAUUUAGCAGACGCUUUUAUCCAAAGCGACUUACAGUCAUGCGUGCAUAAUUUUUUUUUUUUGUGUAUGGGUGGUCCCGGGGAUCGAACCCACUACCCUUGGCGUUACAAGCGCCGUGCUCUACCAGCUGAGCUACAGAGGACCACGUACACACACACGUUGACCACUCUUAUCCACAGCAGGCCAGUGGAUAUGCUAAUACCUCUGAUUGUACCAAUAAAAUAGAUUGAUUGGAUUAGGUGUGUUACUACUGUAUGCUUGGCUGGAACAAAAGCCUGCAUUCAUCCCUGACCCAAAGCCUGCAUUCAUCCCUGACCCAAAGCCUGCAGUCAUCCCUGACCCAAAGCCUGCAUUCAUCCCUGACCCAAAGCCUGCAGUCAUCCCUGACCCAAAGCCUGCAGUCAUCCCUGACCCAAAGCCUGCAUUCAUCCCUGACCCAAAGCCUGCAGUCAUCCCUGACCCAAAGCCUGCAGUCAUCCCUGACCCAAAGCCUGCAGUCAUCCCUGACCCAAAGCCUGCAGUCAUCCCUGACCCAAAGCCUGCAGUCACUCCCGUGACACCACCAAGCCUGCAGUCAUCCCUGACCCAAAGCCUGCAGUCAUCCCUGACCCAAAGCCUGCAGUCAUCCCUGACCCAAAGCCUGCAGUCAUCCCUGACCCAAAGCCUGCAGUCAUCCCUGACCCAAAGCCUGCAGUCAUCCCUGACCCAAAGCCUGCAGUCAUCCCUGACCCAAAGCCUGCAGUCAUCCCUGACCCAAAGCCUGCAGUCAUCCCUGACCCAAAGCCUGCAGUCAUCCCUGACCCAAAGCCUGCAGUCAUCCCUGACCCAAAGCCUGCAGUCAUCCCUGACCCAAAGCCUGCAGUCAUCCCUGACCCAAAGCCUGCAGUCAUCCCUGACCCAAAGCCUGCAGUCAUCCCUGACCCAAAGCCUGCAGUCAUCCCUGACCCAAAGCCUGCAGUCAUCCCUGACCCAAAGCCUGCAGUCAUCCCUGACCCAAAGCCUGCAGUCAUCCCUGACCCCAAAGCCUGCAGUCAUCCCUGACCCAAAGCCUGCAGUCAUCCCUGACCCAAAGCCUGCAGUCAUCCCUGACCCAAAGCCUGCAGUCAUCCCUGACCCAAAGCCUGCAGUCAUCCCUGACCCAAAGCCUGCAGUCAUCCCUGACCCAAAGCCUGCAGUCAUCCCUGACCCAAAGCCUGCAGUCAUCCCUGACCCAAAGCCUGCAGUCAUCCCUGACCCAAAGCCUGCAGUCAUCCCUGACCCAAAGCCUGCAGUCAUCCCUGACCCAAAGCCUGCAGUUCAUCCCUGA